AUGCAAACUCUCACUCAGCCGUCAGCUCCAUUCCGCGAGAAAAAGUCAAAAAUCCUUGAGCAGCUUGCAGUCCCGGACACCGAAUACUCUGACGCAUCACCCAAAGGCUCCGUCGAUGAAGGAAUUCGGUAUCUUAUUGACGAAAUCAACACUGCUGAGGGAUUUGUCACAACGAGUAGCUGCGCCGGGCGUGCGAGUGUAUUCCUCGAAGGCAGAAAAACCAAGUCUGGAGAUGCAGACAACGGCGAGAGUGAGCAGGUUGCGAGAGUAGGCGGGAAAGGUGCUGGAGGAACGUGGCUGUACGUAUCUCACGAUGCUCGGGCUGAUGGAGAUGCCACAUAUUUGGAUUGGAUGCAGAGUCUAGGGCUGCCUGAUGGGGUGGAUAUGAUUGAGACUCUUCCUGAUGGAAGCAGUGAAAGGAGACUCAUACACUUCAAGUUUGAGCCCAUGAUUCUCCACGUUCUUACUGCAUCACUUGGCCACGCUCAGCUUCUUCUGCGCUGUGCCUUACAAGCCGGAUUCCGCGAAUCUGGUGCCAUCAAUAUCACUUCCCAGUCCAACGAGCAAACCAUGCCCAUGGUCGCCAUACGGUCCAUGGGUCUAAGCCUCGAAUCCCUCGUUGGCUACCAGGACUCGGACGGGCAACGCCGACGGAUAGUCUCUGCCGGAUAUUUCAAAAUGCUCCUACAGAUAUCCAAUGAACGGUUCGUGGAAAACACAAAACGCAUAGAAAGGUUCAGGUCCGCGUUCAAGGAGCUUGUACUUGAACCAAAGUCAUCAAGCAUCCCAAAGAAAUUGAACCCCGAGGGUAAGGAGUGGGAAGAUGCUGCUGCCAGGCGCGAGAGGUUGCGAGCGGAAGGGCUGAAGAGGAAAGCGGCGCUUCAGGCGGAAAAGGCCGAUGCACCAUCAUCACAAGCUAUAGAUGUUGAAAUGCAAAUAAAUUCUGCUUUUUAG